AUGUCCACCGUCGACGCAGAUAGAUCCCUUUAUCUGCACGCCGAGCUUCUACCCAACAUCCGCCAAAUCACGCUCUACGUUUCCCUCCCCCGAACGAAAGCUCUAGACGGCGUUCAACCCAGGAUACAACUAUCAGAGUCACGCAACGCAGUGACAGUCUCACUACCAGAGCCAUUUGAUGAUGUGGCCGAAACAAUUAAGCUUCCAGCGCGCGUCAGCGAAGCAUCGCGUCGGGCGCUAAGCAUGACCACCACGCCGGCAACGGCGCGUAAACCACCACAAUCUAACAGCUCCAGCCAUGACUACUCAUUCAGGAUGCAGAUGGAUACGAGUGAACAGGCGCAGGCGCCAUGUAACGAGGUCAUGGAUGAUUACGUACCCUGGACAGCUGCAGAUAUGUCGCCCUUGACUCGCAUUCGUUGCCGUGGCUGUGGCGCGCCCUUUCUCGGUUCCCCCGCCCCCAAAAGUACAAGUACAUCGGACAGGGACAAGGACAAAGAGAAUGACUGGAUGUGGAAGGAUCUGCCGAGUGGGAAUUGGGCCGAGAUGAUGGACUUUUGGCAUUGCCAUAAGCCUGAUUCCCACGAGGAGGAUCCUAAACCUGAAGCUUCGGCAGCCCUCAAGCUUGAGGAGCAAAAUGCCCAGAUAAAGGGAUACGGAGCGUCGAGUCAUCUGAAGGCGAUCGGUGGUACUGUCCUUAUCGAUGUGGCUACAUUCCUCCUUGCCGAAUCCGACUGUAUAGGAUUGCGAUUGACAAAGAGCAACGAAGAAGAGGAGAAUCCCAACCCAAGGACCUCCGGCCGAACACUCGAAUGUGAAACUUGUCACGCCGUCAUUGGCAUGGAAGACCCAUCGGUCAGCGGAUGGCGAUUAGUCAAGGCAAAUGUGUCUCUGAACACAGAUCAAGAUCUUGAUACCGAGAACCCGUGGCAAAGCCACCCCAUUGAAUUCAUCGUUGCGGCACAAUUGCUGGAACUGAUUGAGCGUGAAAGCGCACGGCGAUUUGUCAUUCAUUGCGGCCAGAAAACUGGGGUCUUGCUUUGGGUUUUCAACCCUGACCUACACUACUCCAACUCCAGCUCGGGACACAGUGUCAAUGCCCAACAAGCCAUGAAGGUCUUGUUUCAGCACACCGAAGAUGUGGACAAGCUACUAGCCCCCGAGCUCGGAAAGGUCAGCCCAUUGUCUGUGGAAGAACUCGAACUGCCGCAGUUUAUUUUCCAGACUAUUCUACAAGACCUUCGAAGGAGCAAUGAGAUGCUUCCUCUCUCGGCACGACGAUUCAAUGAGUGGAACGUCGGUCUAUUGAGCCGCUUCAGUCGCGAAAAGACGAAAUCGGCCUAA